GACGACGCCACCCCGCAGCUCGUGCAAAAGCAUCAUCAUCAUCAGCUCGCUAGCAGCGGCAGCAAUGGCGCUCGCCAAGCUCUCCGCGCUGCUGGUCCUCGCCGUGCUCGCGCUCUCCUCCUCGCCGCUCGCCCUCGCGUGGGAGAAAGCGGAAACGGAGUGCGGAUCGUGCCAGAAAGGCACGCCGCCCGCGUCCCGCGGGCUCCCCUUGCCCCCCGUCACCGUGCCGUCUGUCCCCCUGCCAUCCGUCCCUCUGCCGUCGGUGCCCCUGCCGCCAGUCGCCGUGCCGUCGGUGCCCCUACCCCCGUUGCCGGACCUCCCCGUCCCCAUCCCGCCGAUCAUCGGUGGGAGCCCGCCGAAGACGCCCGGCGGCCGGAAGGCGUGCCCGCCGCCUCCGGCGCCCCCGACCCCGACUCCCCCGCCGUCCUCGGACAAGUGCCCCAUCGACGCGCUGAAGCUCGGCGCGUGCGUGGACGUCCUCGGCAACGAGGUGCACAUCGGCGACGCCAACGUCAAGUGCUGCCCGCUCGUGAAGGGCGUCGCCGGGCUCUCGGCGGCGGCGUGCCUGUGCACCUCCCUCAAGGCCAAGGUGCUGGACCUCUCCGUCUACGUGCCCAUCGCGCUCGAGGUGCUCCUCAACUGCGGCUGCGCCGUCCCGCCCGGCUACAAAUGCGCUUAAAUAUAAACCACCCCAUGCACGCGUGCACAGCAAAGGUCUCCUUUUCUUUUCCCCCUCGACUCGACCACGAAGUUUGAAAGCAGGCUAUUUAUUUGAUUUGAUUUGCUAUAUCUUCUCUCUUGUUGCAUGUUUGUAUAUGCAUCUAGUGUCACCUCAAUUGUCAUCGAUCUGUAAUUUAUGUAUCUUGUAACAAACUAUAUUUGUUCCGAAUUCAAAUCAUGUUUGCACUACUGC